AUGCAUCAAGAGAAUGGCCAAGUAGAAAGAUAUUGCCGAACAGUCCUGAACAUGCUUAGGAUAGAAGUAAAUCAUAGACACGAAUCCUGGUCCGAUGUACUUUGGAGGCCACAAUUGGUGUUAAAUGUCAACAAGCAGAAAAGUACUCAAUGUUCAGCGCUCAAUCUGCUUAUCGGUAGCGAUGCAACCACUCCUGCUAUCAAUGCCCUCAUCCGAGACAUAACCCUUGAUGGCUCCUCGCCGAAUCGCGAAGCUUACCGUACAAUGAGACGGCAAAGGACUGAGGAUUUACUAGCUCAAAAUCAGGCUAAACAGGAUGCGCGUGUCAAUAGAGACCGGAAGGCACCUAGGCCUUUUGCUGUGAACGACAAGGUUUUUGUCAAAAAAUCCUCUCAAACUACUGAUAAACUGGACAGCGGCAUCCGGGGUCCAUACCGUAUUCUAAAAGCAUUGCCUAAUAAUCGCUAUGAGUUACAGCUUCUGGCGGGUUCUUAUGGUAAAAUUACACAAGCCGCAGCCGAAUACAUGAUACCAUGGCAAGGCGAGUGGACCCCUGAGACAUGUUCAGCUUUUUUUGAAUGUCAUGAAGAUGUGACAAAUGAAAACGCACAACCAGAGGAAGGACCAUCAGUUGAAGACAGCAUCGGGGACGCUGCUCUGUCAGGAGAGGCCGUGUUAGCUGUCAAUUCGAAAUAAGGAGGGUAGCAACUGUCAAACGUCACCAAAUACCUAUAUAAGAGGUGGGAAAUCAGUGUGCCGACUCAUUCUGCCGACGGACGUGCGCUCGAGAACAUCUCCUAGAAAUUCAGUAUUUUGUAGGAUUUAAGUAAAAAGAUAUUUAUUUAAUAGUAAGACUGAUUUUUGUAACCUCUGAUAAUAAUUUGUGAUUUGUUAAUAAUUAUUUCCCUUUUUUUCUGUUAAUUGUUUUCUUUUUUUUAGUAAAAUUCCAUCUCA